UUCGCAGGCAUGAGGAAGAGUCACACUCUGCGGAACUUGCGUCCUUGGUAUGCACUUCCUUACGAGCAGGUGGAAUCAGGAAGACUGCUCGCAACAGAGCCAGGAUAUCCAGUUUCAGCACUCACAUCAGGUAAACUGAUCUGCAAAAGACAUGUCUCAAGACAGGUUAACCAACAUAAAGCAUGCGAUGGCAGUCAUUGCCGUGGUGGAGGAAUGGGAGUCUUUGAAAUCUUUGCUCCAGAACAGCUCCGGAGAUAAAUGUUUCCAGUCUACCUUUAGCUCUCAGGGAUCCAAACAAGUCUGUGACUUGGCGAUGGAUUCGCUUUCGAUCAGCUUGCACUACAAGGCUUUCAAAGAAGACAUGCCAGAUGAGGCCAUUGGUCAGAUCAUUGAUGGCUGCUUCAAGUCUUGCCAAGGUGGAGUCGGCGCAUUCCUGCUGUUGAUUCAAGGCGGCUAUUACACGAAAAAGGAGAGAAGGAUGGUCGAGAUCCUGCAGUCGCACUUCGGAGCAGAGGCUUUGAGAUUUCUGGUCAUUCUCUCCGUGGAAGACGGGAAAGUCACCGAUACGCUGGACGACGCCCUGCUGGAUUUGAUCAACGUGUGCGACGGCAGAUAUUGUCGCAUCACGUCGUCCACCGCAAACGGCGGCCUGCAUGCAUUGGUCGAGAUGGUGAACAACGUGCGCAGCGAAAACAGCGAAGCCGGUUACACGCAAGCCAUGCUGGAGAAGUCGAAGAGACGGUGUGUGGAGGACUCGGCCAUGAACAUGCUGAAGCAGAAGGAGCGAGAGGCGGAGGAGAAAGAGCAGGUUUUUAUGGAGAAGGUGAGAAGGGAGGAGGAGAGAAGAGCCAAGGAAGUGGAGGACCUGAACAGAAGACAUGCAGAGGAAAGAAGGAAGGAGGCAGAGGAAAAAAAACAACAUGAAACGGACAGAGAGAAUAUUCAGGAGGCGAUGAUGAGCCACAGCUCCAUGCUGCAGCUGCAGGCAAGAGCGCCUGAUGGAGAUAAGACAAAGAAGAUGUCUGUCAUUCUGUUGGGCCUCACUGGCAGUGGGAAGUCCUCUGCUCUCCAUCUGAUCCUAAACAGAGGAGCCAAUCUAUACUCGCUCAUUAGCUCCUGUUACGACCAGACCCAGCCAACCUUAUCCUGCGAGAAAAAGGAGAUCUUCACAGGCGGGAAGCGGCUUGCUCUAGUGGACACCCCUGAACUCUGGGAUGAAGACGGGGUUGAGAACACGGAGAUGGUGAAAGACUGCCUGGCCUUGGCCUUACCUGGACCCCAUGUCUUCCUGCUGGUGCUCCAGGUGGGCCGCUUCACCCAGGGGGAGAGCGAAAUGCUCGGACACGUCCAGAGGAUCUUUGGACGGGAGGUGGCAGAGCACGCCAUCGUCUUGUUCGUUCAUUUCGACAGCAACCAGCCCAGGCCUUUUAGGAUCAACGACCACGUGGCCAGAGCCCACCCGGCCCUGCAGGAUCUCGUUCGGAAGUGUGGGAGCCGAUUUUAUGAGCUGAACGUCACAAAGUCUCAGAGUGCUUUGAGUUACUCCCAGGUAAGGGAGCUGCUCUCGGGGAUCGACAAGCUGGUGGCGUCACACGGGCACCGAGCGUACACGGUGAAGAGGUUUUCCUUACAAGAACUCCAGCAAAGAAAUAAUGCUGUGUCAAAACGAAUGUAUUUCGCUAAACCGCAAUGGAAACACUUCUCACUUCGAGUCAUCAACGACCGGAUCUCAAUGCUGGCCACAAGGAGACGACAGGAAGUGAUGGGGGAUCAUGGCCCGGCAUGCUCUUCAUUCACUUAUCAGGUGAACAGACGUAUUCAGUGAUUACUAUUGCGUUUCUUAUUUAAACAGAAAUAUAGACAUUGCAAAAUUGUGCAGAAUAUCUGCAAAGAUUUGUGCACAUCCUUCAUGAAUACGCAGCCAGUGAAGGGAACUGGUUGUUCCGGAUUUAUGUUUUGUAGCGUCAAGACAAAGAGUGCUAAUUAUGAAUUAUGAAGUGCUAUCAGAUUUGCAAUCUGACAGCACUUCCAGUUCCUCACAUUAAGGGAGGUUUUGAAUCAAAGUGGUAACGGCUGACGGACAAUUUGGAACGUAAUCUUCAGCAGGAUGUUUUUCUCCCAAAUGAAUAAAAGUUCUUUGAGCAGUUCGCGAUAUUUUCAUGAGUCUGUUUACUGAUUAGUUAAUGUGUUUCCCAACAUUGUGCAUGGAUAAAGUACUCCCUAAAGCCCUAGCCUAUGGGGUUCCUUUAUUGAGGCAUUGUUGCUUGGACUUUCCAUUGUCAAGUGUGUAUCGUUGUAGUCAACAAUGAGACGAAUUACAACUACAACUACGGCCCUGAGCAAACCAAGCCCACCCAGGUAGGUGUGUGUAUGUUCAUCUAUUCCAUUUUUAUGUGUGUGUGUGUGUGUGUGUGUAUGUGUGUUUGUGCAGACAUCCAUAUCUGAUCAUCCUUGUGUGUGGUCUGGAACUGAACCAGCUAUCAGAGAUGAGUUGAAGUCAUUUUCUACUUGUUUUUUUCCCCACUACAGGUUUCAUUCCUCUAUCGCCCCCUUUCUUUCUCUCCCUCUUUCCUCCCCCGUUCGCUCAUUCCGCCACCUCUUCCUCUCAUUCUCAGACACUGAGUCAGAGGCCUGUCAGUGCGUCUGUCAGUCAGUCAGUCAGUCGUUCAGCUCCACUCUGUUUACGUCUUUGAUCUCUCCGUGCCUUUGGCUCGGCGGCGGGCCGGCGUGUUGUGUCGCCUUCAUCGUUUUAAUCUAAACUCAACAGAACACCUUGAGCGCUGAAAAUCCAAACUGUGAAAACACGAAAUGAAACCAGCCACUGCGAGACAGCUUAAUUUUGGGGAAAGACACAUUCAUGGACUUCUUUAAAACGGAUGGUUUGAUCGGUUAAAAACAGUCAGUCCUGUGUGCUGUCUGAGACGCCGCAUCAUUGUGACCUAAGCACCGUGCCUUGCAAAGAUUUGUGUAUCAAUCUUUUUGUAAACUUCAAAUUGUAUUACUGGGAUUUCAUGAGACCGACAAACACCAAAAAUGUCCACAGUAGGAAAAAGAAAGAUUGUUAUUUUUUACAAAGAUUUAAAAAAGUCUGGAGUGCAUUACUCUGACCCCCCUA